AUUCGUAGGUUACAUGGCAGUCAAAAGAAGACCUGCGAGUAACAAAGUUUGACGCGACAAAUUCACUCCUGAAAGAGUCGACUCCUCGAGUUCUAGGCUUAGGGGACCAUCAAAAUGAUUCUUCUGGAAGAAUUCUACGGAAUAAUGUAACCUGAUGCAAACACUGACGGAUCAGUUUAUUGGAAUUACUCGCACUUGAUUCUGUUGGUGACUCAAGAACGAAGUUUCUGGUAUCGGAUUACAGCGAGAACAUGGUGUUGCUUAGCGGUAGACGGCCCCGUGGCCCAGCGGGCGUUUGCGGAGUGGUCGUGCUGCUGAUAAUCGUGGAGCUGUCAAUCAAUGUGGAUAAAGCACAAAGCGAAUCGAUAUCUGGAUUUGAAGGUAUUGACUUACUGGAAGUCUUCAAGAGUGGAAACUUCACAAAAGGAAUCACCCAAGAACAAGGACCCCUACCUCAUUCUAAAAUCUGGCGGUUACGCCCCAAAACAAAUCUCAUCAACAUCCCACCGCACCAGAUCGCGCCCUUACGGAACCAACUCAUGAGGAGCCAUGCAUUUAGUGUGUACUUCCUCGCACGGCAGUUAGAACAGACCUCAGGAAUGUUAUUCUCUAUCAGCUCAUUGGAAGGCAGGGUGCUGUUCACAUUGACAUCAAGUUCUCGGACCGGUGAAAUGCGAAUCAGGUACCGAACACGGGAAUCUGAGAGUCUCCUUCAGACUGUUCUUCCGACGCCCUUGAUUGAUUCGGCGCGGUUUGCGCACACGCUUCUUAUUGUUGAUGGAGAUCAUUUGACCUUGUUUACUGAGUGCAAGUCCUCUGUAGAUGUUACGCUUGAAGGUGUCGUGAACUUUGACCUCAGAGAUGAUGCAACGGUGACAAUUGGUCAAGGUCCUUUAGGACGAAAUAAGUUCAAUGGUUGGCUGCAGGAGAUGGUGCUCUACCCCUUAGCGUUGACCGACAAACCUUGGACGUGCUCGCAAGAUAGUGUUGCUGCCAGGGAUGGAGACAUCUUUUUGAAUGACCAGCCUCAACUUGCUGAAUUACAAAGCAGAGAAACACUGAUUAUUGAGCCCAGACAGAAUGACGGCCCUGCAGCGGCCGCUGCUCUGACACAAGGAGAAUCUGAUCGUAUCCAACGGCUGGAGACAUCAGUCAGGGAUUUGACCAAUAUGGUCAACAUGCUAAAAGCACAGGUGUCAAUACUGAACCAGAGGUUGAUAGAACGAGAGAGAUGUGACUGCAGGAACCCUGACACUGGUAACCUAUUACCCUGCUUUCAUGAAGGUCAGCAAUACAGUGAUGGUGAUUCUUGGUAUCCCGAUCCAUGCACAGCCUGCCGCUGUCAGAGAGGAGAAUCUGUUUGCAGUGUUGAUAUGGAACGUCAGCAGUGCAGAGAACCAUGCGCCAUUAAUCCUUGCCUUAAUGGAGGAACUUGUCAACCCCUUCCCAUGGUUGGAACAUUCGUCUGCAUCUGCCCUCCAACCUGUACUGGCUCUCAGUGUGAGCACAAGAUCAAUGUGUGUGCCUUGCCGCUUGCAUAUGGUGAUUGUGAUGCUGUCGGCAUGAUCAGAUAUUUCUACAACUACAACAGUAUGCGCUGUGAACCAUUUGAGUAUACAGGAUGUGGUGGAAAUAACAAUAAUUUCAGAUUAGAGAGGGAUUGUCAGGAGCAGUGCAUGAUGGGAGCUUGUUGUCGACGUAAUCUUGAUUACCAAGGUGGUAGUGCCACAACUCCUGCUGGAUUCACUUGUAUGGAAACUACACUGAGCAACUGCCGUGACCAGACAACAGCAGCCCAACCUUUGACCUCAAGAGAGCAGAGUUUAGAGGUGACUGCCUUCCAUCCAGGUAUGUUGUGUGCCAAUGUGAGCUGUGAUCUUCCAGGGGAUAAAUGCAUGGUUGCAGGAGAGUAUGCUGCCUAUGCAAUGGAGACCUUCCGGAGUGGAUGCCAGUCCUGUCAGUGUCUUACUGGAGGGCGUGUACAGUGCAGAUGUGAGAACUUGACAACAAGGAAGGAGGUCCGGGACAUGACUCGGUUGGAAAUGGAUCUGUUCCAAUCGGCUAUCCGUCAGCUCCAGUCCUCUGGACCGGAGUCACGUUGGUCUCACAUGAGGGAUCUCUACAUGAAGCAUGUGAUGGAAGCCCACAGUCAAGCUUCCUUCCUGGUUUGGCACAGGAAUUUCCUCAGGGAGGUGGAGCGUAUGCUGCAGGACAUUGACUGCAGGGUUGCUCUUCCCUACUACGACUUUACAACUGAUGUGGGCAAUCUAUCUCAUUCUAUCGUGUGGCAACCCAAUUUCUUUGGUGGUGAUGGUGUUGGACCAGGUAGCUGUGUGCCAGAUCACCCCUUCCGUUCUGGAGGUCAGUGGGAUCCUUGCCUUGCCAGGCAGUUCCAGUCCACAGCUCAACUCCCGUCCAAGAUCGAUGUAGCCCAGGCGAUGUCUAGCACCGACUUUGCCACCUUCGAAUCCUGCCUUCAAGCCAUCAUCGGUCACGUCUACAGCUACAUCGGUGGCCACAUUGCUUCCUCUGCAGCACCAUACGACCCCAUCUUCCUUGCGCUUCAAUCCUACGUGGACAUGCUUUUCUGGCGAUGGCAACAGAUGAACGGCAAUACCAACAGCUACCCUGUGCAGGCUCGUGAAGUCCCGAUGGUUCCCUUUGGUAUGAGGCCUAUGGAUGUCAUGAGUUCAGAAGCACAACUCUGUGUGACUUAUGCCCUCCAGGGCUUUGGCCAUCCUUGUAACAACACUGGCCUGCUCUUUGAUGAUCAAGGCUACGAUGCUGAGGGGUACAAUAGGAAUGGCUUUGAUAGAUUUGGUUUUGACAGAUUUGGAUAUGACAUUGGUGGACGUAAUCGCUUUGGUCAGGUCGACCCUCGUGAGAUCUACAUCUACAGUGGCUAUGAUCUUGAGGGUUAUGAUAGAAGAGGAUAUGAUCGCAGAGGUUAUAACAGAUUUGGAUUCAAUGUAGAAGGUAUCAAUCGAGAUGGCUUCGAUGUGAACGGCUAUGAUAGAAGAGGUUUCAAUCGUUAUGGCUUUGAUCGGAAUGGGUAUGACGAACGUGGCUUUAAUCCAUUUGGUUACCAUCGAAGUGGAGUUUUAGAUGCAACAGACUUCUACAAUAAUCAAGGGUACAAUUAUCAGUGCUUAGACCGCAGCGGAGUCAACCAGGAUGGGUACGACCAAUUUGGCUUCAACUCCAACUACCUGGAUGCCUCCUACUGUAACUAUACUCACACUGGGCCCCAUUCGCUUCGUCUCACCUACCAUCUUGAUGAGCUCCUCUUCAAACAGAAUGUGGAGUUCCUGCGAUCGAUACCUCGCACCUGUCCGCUUCCUGUGGAGGAUCCGGUGCUGUGGUAUGAACAGACCUGGCUCACGUCUCCAAAGGAUCUUCCUAGUAAGAGUAGUGUCCUGGGUAUCAGUCAUUUCCCAUUAUCAACAUAUUCUAGAAGAUUCUGCCUGGACGUUGAACCUCUAAUCUCUAAUUGCCCCUGUGAUGGUGAACCUGUGGUGUGUGACCUCAAUCCCUGCGAUGUGGGGUGUGGUGGUUUUGAGAAUGCCGUCUGCUUCCUUGAUUUCUGCAAUGAAUGUCAGGCGAGAUGGUAUCGAGAGGGAAAUCCAGUCAACUGUGGAUUGGAAGUUAAUGAUUGUGUAAAUGGUACUGUUGUUCAUCAGUCAGGCUCUCUCUGGAAGCCAGAUGCAUGUACCACAUGUACUUGCACAAGAGGAACAGUGGACUGUGAAAGGGAUUCAUGCCUACCGACACUUUGUGACUAUCCUUCUACACCCUUUGGAGAAUGCUGUCCUGUUUGUUAUGAUUGCCAGUAUGGGGGGCAGCUGAUUAUCAACAGGGAGACUAUUGUACCCCUCAACGACAACUGUGCUGUUUGUGAAUGUAGGAAUGGUAACGUGAGAUGUCAGACAACAGAUUGCCCCAGACCACAAUGCACUCAUCCACUCAAACCAAGAAACGGAUGCUGCCCAGAAUGCAAUGGUUGUGACUACGAGGGCAGAAGGCUAUCCAAUGGGGAGACCUUCUCUGGUGAUGUCUGCACAUCUUGUACCUGCACCUAUGGCUCUGUCACCUGUGAACCUCUCCAAUGUCCAUCACUGAGCUGCCUCCAGCAGAUGACUCCCACCGGUGAAUGCUGCCCUCGUUGUGCCGAUGGUUGCGAGUAUGAGGGGAUGGAGUUCAGUAAUGGAGAUUUCUUCACGCCUAUGUCGAACCCGUGCCUUCGAUGUUCUUGUUUAAAUAACAUCGUUCGUUGCAAUCCUCUUCCUUGUGAAGACGCACCCUGUCCCAACCCUGUGCUUCUCCUGGGUGCCUGCUGUCCCAUCUGUACUGAUAAGUGUGUCUACAAUGGCCGUACCUACAACAACGAUGCCCGAUGGGUAGCUGAUGAUCAGUGUCAACAGUGUAGGUGUCAGGACUCAAAGGUGACCUGUACAGAUCUUACUGAGUGUCGUGUGGAGUGUCAGCAUGGACAUAUAGCAGAAGGCCAGUGUUGUUCAGACUGCACAGACUGUUCUUACGAAGGGCAGUUCAGACGGAAUGGCGACGAGUUCAGCAGCGCCAAUGAAUGCAGCACAUGCCGCUGUCACUACGGCACUGUCCGCUGCCAACGCCGCCCUUGCCCAAGCACAGGAUGUCGCCAAGAAGAGACCCUUGACAGGGAGUGCUGCCCAGUCUGCCGCGGCUGCCUUGAUCGUUCUGGAACACGCCAUGACCAUGGUGCAAGGUUCAUUCCUCCGUACGAUGUCUGUUCUGAAUGUUCUUGCGAAGAGGGUAGGCUGACGUGUCAGACUAUCCAGUGUACUGAUCUUUGCUCACAUCCAGUCAUUAACGCCAACGAGUGCUGUCCAGUCUGUGACAGCUGUCAGGAUGGCUCUACGUUAUAUGCCAACGGGGAUGUCGUCCAGAGUCCGGAGCGAUGCCAGACCUGCCGUUGCUCUCAGGGAAGCAUCAUCUGUGAUCCCGUCACCUGUCCGCAGGUGUCGUGCCCGAAUCCGGUGAGGAUGCCAGGCCAGUGCUGCCCGGAGUGUAGGCAGUGUGUCUUUGAAGGCACAACUUACCAGAAUGAAGAAGAGUUCAUCUCCCAAAGAGAUCCAUGCCAGAGAUGUAGGUGUGAGGUGGGAGAAGUCCGAUGCACUGACCAGCGAACCCAAGGAUUGGUGUGUGGUCCCCCAUGCUCCCAUCCAGUCCAGAUACCGGGUCAGUGCUGUCCAGAGUGCUCCCAGUGUGAGUACGAUGGAAGGAUCAUCCCGGAUGGCAUGCAGUUCAGACACUUCACAGAUCCUUGUCAAAUAUGCACUUGCUCUAGGGGAUCUGUUGUAUGUGAACCUGAAACCUGCCCCCCUGCCCAGUGCAGUAACCCUGUUUACGUCAACCCUGAUGACUGCUGCCCUCGUUGUCAAGUGUGUGUAGAUGCUGGUAGGGAGUACCAUGAGGGCGAGAGAUGGGAGUCUAGCAGUGAUCCUUGUCUUGAAUGCAGCUGUCAGGACCUUCGUGUGUCAUGUGAACCCCGACCUUGUCCUGCAGUACAGUGUACCCACCCUGGAAAAAUCCACAGUAUGUGCUGUGCGGAGUGUUCAGACUGUGAGUAUGAUCGUCGCUACAUCAGCAACGGACAGGUCUUUGGAAACCCACUCAAUCGAUGUGAACGAUGUACCUGUCUUAAUGGGAACAUCAUCUGUGAGCCACAGGAAUGUCCUCUAACCCUCUGUCAGCAGCCGUAUACUCCAGAGGGACAGUGCUGUCCUGUUUGCAGGGAGUGCUUCUACAGCGGUGUCGAGUAUCAGGAGGGGGAACGGUUCACAUCCCAGCAGAACCCUUGUGUGGAAUGUAUUUGUAGGAGUGGAGAGGUGACCUGUGAACCGAAACCUUGCCCACCAGCUAACUGUCCAUAUCCUAUGCGAGAAACCUGCUGUGCAACUUGUGAUGGGUGCUUUUACAACGGCAGGAACCACGAUAACGGUGCCUUGUUUUUAGAUACUUCCCAGGAUUGCCGUGAAUGCCAGUGUGUCAGUGGAGACGUCCUAUGCACCAGGCCUCUCUGUCCUGAACUUGUAAACUGUGAAAUUGAAAGAACUCCACCUGGAGAGUGUUGCCCAAUUUGCGAAGUGCAAAAGCAGUUGACGUGUUCUUUUGGAGACCAGAAUUACAACGAUGGGGAUACCUUCUACAAUCCGAUCAAUAACUGCCAGAGAUGUGAGUGUAGAAAUGGAAAAGUAGAGUGCGCUGAUUCCCCAUGCCCUGAUGUUUCUUGUACUCAUCCUUUGAGGUUUGGAUGCUGUCCUUCAUGCGAUGGAUGUACAUAUGGUAAUGAAAGUUACGCCAAUGGAGUUGUGUUUGCUGAACCAGACAAUGCUUGUGGACAAUGUGCCUGUGAAGGCGGAUCCGUUACGUGUAGUCCACUGUCUUGCCCACCUCUAAACUGUCCACAUAAGACAAAGCCUGAAGGAGUUUGUUGUGAGAUCUGCAUUGACUUGGACUGUGUAUUCCUUGGAGAAACCUUCCUACAUGGAAAGCGAUUUACUCAUCCACAAGAUGUAUGCCAAGAAUGUGUCUGUGAUGAUGGGAACACUGAUUGUACCGUUGCACCUUGUCCCACUUUGGACUGCCCGUACCCUAAACGAGGCCCAUGCUGCGAGCAGUGCGAGGGUUGUUUGUAUAAUGGAGAUGAAUUCAAUGAUGGCGAUGUAUUCUUCAAUCCCAUAGAUCACUGCCAGGAAUGUGAGUGUCAGUCUGGAUUUGUCAAUUGCAGACCCAGGACAUGUCCAGAGGUCACUUGUGAACACCCAGUUACCAUCUCAGGAGACUGCUGUCCUGUGUGUGAUGGCUGCUUGUACUUGGGACGUCCGUUUGAAAAUGGGGGAUCCUUCCGUAACCCACAGGAUGUAUGCCAGUCUUGCACAUGCAGGGAUGGCAAUGUUAUUUGUGAGAGAGCAGAAUGUCCCAUAGCCAGCUGCCCAUUCCCAGGUCAAGAUCAGUGUGGCUGUCCAACAUGUGCUACUUGCAACUACAACAACAUAGAAUAUACAGAUGGUGCAAUAUUUCCUCAUAAUAAUGACUCAUGCAGGGAGUGCAUUUGUAGACAGGGUGAUGUUGACUGUAGAAUACGGGAAUGUCCUCAACCUAGGUGCUUUCACCCAAUUCAACUUCCAGGGAGAUGCUGUCCUUCUUGCGAUGGAUGCACUUACGAUGAAAACAACUAUGAAAAUGGCCUGGAGUUCACAGAUACUGUUGACAGUUGCAGGAUUUGCACUUGUCUAAAUGGAAAUGUUAAUUGCGCCACUCGUCCUUGCAAUGUUGUAUCCUGCACUCAUCCUAUGCAAGAUGCCUGCAAUUGCCCCAGUUGUGAUGGCUGCAUGUAUGAAGAUGCGAUGGCUGUCAGUGGUAUGACUUUCAUGGAUCCAAACAAUAUGUGUAGGGACUGCUUGUGUUUGCAAGGAUCUGUCAGCUGUAUUGAUCGUCCAUGCCCACCAGUAAACUGUACAACCCCGUUGAAUGUUCCAGGAGAGUGUUGCCCAUCAUGCCCUGAGGAUGUCUGCGGAGAACUGGAAUCACUCAACCCCUGCCAAGAUUGUGAGUGUGUUGAAGGGGCGUGGCGUUGUGUAGACCAACCCUGUGGUCCUGCGCCUUGUCCGAAUCCUGGCAGCGAUGGUUGCUGUAGGGUAUGUGAUUCCUGUAUGUAUGGUGGCAAACCUUGGGCAAAUGGUGACAGUUUCCCGGCUCCUGAAGACCAAUGCCGUACAUGCCAAUGUAAUAAUGGAUUUGUGAGCUGCCAGGAUCCAACCUGUCCUUCUAUUGCUUGCAGUCACCCUGUCAUCCCUGCAGGACAAUGCUGUCCUGUAUGUACUGGACAGUGCACUGUUGAUGGAAUAACCUAUGAUAAUGGAGAGAACUUUACACCUGUAACAGAUUACUGCCAGCGUUGCAAUUGCCGCAAUGGUCAGGUGUACUGUGACCGAAUCACUUGUUCCCAGCUUUGUGCACAUCCUCAAGAAGUACCUGGACAGUGUUGUCCCGUUUGUGAAGGUUGCUUCUUUGAAAACUUGCUUCUUUCAAAUGGACAGUCCUUCAGACACCCUUCAGAUGUCUGUCAGAGCUGUAUGUGCAUCAAUGGGAAUGUUGAUUGUCAGACUGUAAACUGCCCAACACUGACCUGCCCAAAUCCAGAAAGAGCAGAAGGAGAAUGUUGUGGGAGAUGUCUUGAGUGUACCUACAAUGAUCAGCAGUAUCAAGAUGGAGCAGUAUGGUUUCCUGUUGAUAGGCAGUGUACACAGUGUGAAUGCAUAGGUGACCAGGUCACCUGUGGCGCACUUGAGUGCCCCGAGACUCGUUGUACACAUGCUGUCAAAGGCACAUGUUGCGCUAUCUGUGAUGGCUGUUUGUUUGAAGAGAGACUGUACAACAGUGGAGAGAACUUCAGGCCUGAUGAUUGCAGACAGUGCAACUGUGUAAAUGGCAAUGUUUUAUGCAUUGAGCAGGAGUGUCCCUUAUUGACUUGUGCAAACCGAGUGAGAGACAUUGGCCAAUGCUGCGAGCGAUGUGCAGGGUGUACUUAUGAAGGUUUUGAAUACUCCAAUGGAGAAUCUUGGGUGUCUGCACUUAAUCCAUGUUUAACUUGUCAGUGUCAAGACGGAAUGACCGUGUGCACAGAGAUCCGUUGCCUGACACCCGAUUUCUGCACAACACCUCAGUAUGUCCCAGACCAGUGCUGUCCAAUUUGUCCAGGUUGCGUUUACAAUGGUGUGACUUACAAUGAUGGCCAGCGUUUCAAUCCGUAUAAUGAUCCUUGUGAGUCGUGCCACUGCGAGAGAGGAAGCUUACUGUGCCUACGCGAGAGUUGCCCCACCAUGGCAGACUGUCCAGCGGAACAGGUUAUUCCACCAGCCAUCGGAGAGUGCUGCGCUACAUGUACUGCUGAACAACGCACAAGGGAAUGCACCUCUCAGAAUGUUGGAGAAAUUUUCAAACCGUAUAGUGAUCCAUGCUACACUUGUGAAUGUAAAAAUUCAUCUCUUUGGGAGUGCAUGAGUGAAAUGUGUCCGAUGCUGAGUUGUCCUCGUUCUGAACAAUUUGUCCCCAGGGGUGAGUGUUGCCCUCGCUGUCAGCGUUGUAUCGAUGAGGAAACUGGCAACAAUUACUUGGAUGGGCAAUCCUGGAAUCGAGGUCUUGACAACUGCAUAAGAUGCAGCUGCAACGGUGGGGCCAUUGAGUGUGAGAUCCAACAGUGUGAGUCACUGACGUGCCCUGAGGGAGAGGAACUGUACAAGCCUCAAGGAUCAUGCUGCUUUGCUUGCCGAAUGGCUGCCGAACCUUGCACCUACCAGGGAAUCAUCUACCAAUCCGGUGACAUGUGGUUGAGAGAUGAGUGCACUACCUGCGAAUGUGUAGCAGGAGAGGUCCAGUGCAGAACUCAACGCUGCCAGGUCAUGAACUGCGCUGCUGAUGAGACUCCUGUUGUGAACCCCGGAGAAUGCUGUCCUCGAUGCAUCUUGCGCCCUGCAACCUGUAUUGCCUUUGGUGAUCCUCAUUACCGCACAUUUGAUGGGAAACUAAUCCAUUUCCAGGGAGCUUGCCGUUACAUUAUGACUAUGGAUUGUGAAAACCAAGACUUUAUCGUUGAGGUGACAAAUGACGAUAGGAACAUGGGAGCUGUUUCUUGGACACAGGAAGUUACAGUGAUCGUGGAUGGAAAUGAAGUUAACUUAGGACAAAGUGGCAUUGUCCAAGUCAAUAAUGAAGUAGUUACAUUACCAUACCUCAUGCAGCCAUUUAUUUAUAUUGAGAAACGAGCCACAACGUUCUAUGUCAAUACAAACUCUGGAGUGUCUGUUCUCUGGGAUGGAAGCAGCUAUGUUGAAGUCAGUGUUCCCGGUACAUACGCCAGGAAGACAUGUGGCCUUUGUGGAAACUUCAAUGGCUACCCACAGGAUGACCUGCGCACCCGAUCUGGACAGCUUGCUAACUCGGUGGCUGUCUUCGGGAACAGCUGGAAGGUUUCUGACCAAGAUGGCUGCGAUGUCAAGGACACCGACCCUUGCACAGAGGCAGGAUUCCAUGCUAGGAAGCUGGCAAACAUUAAGUGUGCUGUGCUGAAGUCUCGUAGGUUUACAGCCUGUCAUUCCAAAGUGCCUCCUGAACAGUACUAUGCUGCAUGUGUCUAUGAUCUCUGUGCCUGUGGCUCCAGUGAUACCUGUCUUUGUGAUGCUGUUGCAGCAUAUGCUGCAGAAUGCAGGCAGGAAGGAAUUCAUCUCAACUGGAGAUCAUCUUCACUCUGUGCUAUCGACUGUCCAGCAGAUAGAGGCUUCUUGUUUGAUGAGUGUGGCCCUGCCUGCCCAAGGACCUGCGCAAACAAGGAUAUUCCACCAGAAAUCCUUCACGAUCAGUGCUUACGCCCGUGCGUUCCUGGGUGUAAUUGUCCAGCCAGCAAAGUCCUGCACAAUAGCAGGUGUAUAAGUGAGUCGGAGUGUCCUCAGGACUACAAUAUCAACUCGACUCUCUUAGAGCCACCUAAUUAAUCAGUCAACGGAACUGUUGAGCCUCUGGAUGCAUUGGUACUUCACACGUGGGGGAGCGUUAGCAUCCCCCAGUUCUCCACGAUACGGAGAACGGAAAAAAAAACUCGGAAUUCAGGAAGAACGUAGAAAUCACAGGAAAACACAGUUUUUUUUCAGACUACAGGAUUAAAUGGUGGAAAAAAACAGUGAUGAUUAUGAAAAUCGAAGCAGAAUGCAUGAAAAGAAAACCUGUGCAUAGUAGACAAAAAAUUCUCUUCAAUCCUAAUUGCAGUGUUAGGCAGGUGUUUUCCAAGCUUUAUCUGCAUGGAAAGUAAAAUUUAUGAUAAUAUUUGUUAUUAUUUACGAUUGCUUCAUCAUAUGUUUUGUACAAGUCACCGAAGAACAACGAAAUGAGAUGUUGAGAUCUCAGAAGAAGACAGCAUUGUCGUUUCAAAAAAUGGAAAACUGAUGUCCCCUUGGGAGCUAGAGUGAGUGUCUCCCAUGAUUGCAUGUACAUGUAUAUCACCUAGAUCGUUGGCUUCAGACUCAAGUCAUUGUUGCUACAACAGGUGGUUCCAUGGUAACUUUUUCAGUGUGGCCAUACCAUUGGUCAUGUCUUCCUUUUGUGAUACUGGGUACUAAAACCACCAAACUCCAAGUAAUAUGUGCCAUUUGCAUUGCCUACACAGUUGAUAAAUUGUCUUUGAUGUUGUUUUAAAAGUUUAUAAACAUUUUUAGCUGUAUCCUUUAUUUUUAUUUGCAUCGAGAGGCAAUGUUAUUUUCGGUAUGAUGACAGACAUUGUGACAUGGGCUGGUAUUCAAUUUGUUACUUAGGCCAGAAUUUGAGUAUUUCACUCAGUAUGUUGCUUACACUGUAAGUAUUUAAUCAUGUUUGGUGUUCAAUUGCAUUUUUUGGCUAAAUAAAGUCAGCCACCUACCAGGCUUACAUGUAAGUCUGGUUUGUGGGCAGUUUACAAGCGCAGUCAUACAUUCUGCGCACUGAUGUAUACUUAUAUUGCACAUUAUUUGGCUCAAACUUUAUCAUGUCACGAUGAUGAAGUAAAAUGCUUAGAUGUGAUCUUUUAUGCGUUUUGCUUUAAUAGCCAAGUAAAAUACUUACAAAAUCAAUACUUUCAAUUGAAUAGCAGCAUUGGUUAUCCUCAUUAUUAUAGUAACUGGUGUAUUUAUGCUUUACAUCGCAACUUUGAUCAUAAUAGUAACCAAUAAAGAGCUAGGCUUUUGUAAAGUCUUCUACCCACUUUGCGUCUUGCCUGCAGCAAUAACACAAUUCUAAUGUGUUUUUGUUGCUAAUUUUAGUAAAUCACCCCAUAUCUAGAGCAUUUAUUAAACCAUGUGCUAUUCAAAAUCUUGAAUUAAGCAAAAAAAAUUCUACUCUUGCUUUGCUAAGAAAUUUACUUUUUUGUAUUUAGUUCAAGUAGUAUUCUACUUCAGUUAGUCAUAAUGUCGUUCGGGGGGGGGGGGGCAGUCAAAUAUAUUGCUGUACACAGGCAUGACCCAAAAAACGCGUUCAAAGGGGUGUUUUUUCAAUUUUGGACGCGGGCCGCGCGUGCACUCGUUAAGGGUAUCAAAAACACAGAAUUUCAAGAAAAAGGGUGUUUUUGAAAGACUGGUCAAUGGUCAAUGUUUAGGGUAUGUUUCUUCCACAAGCUUUUUUGCUGAGGUCAUAUUCUGGCAACAACUUGUUUAGGGGCCAAAUUGUGUAAAUAAAGCCCGCGAAAAACUUGUUUAGGGGGUGUUUUUCCACACAGAGAAAAAACUUGUUUAGGGU